CUCCGUCGUACCUAAAAUAUACCCAUACGAUCCCAAAGAGGCCCCUUAUUUGAUUCCGUAUCUUGGUAAGAUACAAGCCUCCAUAAAUACACCGAAGGACGGGCUCUACUUUACAACAAUAGGCCCACGCAUACUAAUAUUAGUCCAGGACAUACAAUCCCCAUGGCGCUUGACUUUAAUCGGACACUGGCUAGCAUGAUUGAGCGCUUUGGCAAAUCCAGGCGUCCCUUUGCCAUCACAGUAGCAGGGGAUAAAUUUUACGUCAUCACAGACCCUAAGCAUGUAGCAGAGAUCUACCGAAAUGAGAAGACCCUGUCGAGUGAGCGUAUUACCCGAAUUAUUCACAAUCAAUCGGGUAUGAGCUCUGAGGCGGUCGAUAAGCUAUUCAAAGUCAAUACAUCUGCAUCCCACAAUAAACUGCAUCCUCGACCUCUACCACCUGUGGGUCUUAUGCUGGAGUCUCUCCGCCAGCAUCUAGCCCCAAGCGAGUUACUAGAUCGACUUUUAGACAAUAGCACUAUCCCUCUUGUGCGACAAGCAAUUGAUCUCAAAUGGCAGGAUUUUGCUGCACCCCAGGAGCUUGAAGAUGGAACAAGGGUCCUUUCUCUCAAGCUGCUAUGUAUCGAGGCGAUGGUACGAGGUGUAGUUGAGUCGUUUUACGGACCGACUCUCUGGGAGCUCCAACCAGAUUUUGUUCAUUGGUAUAUGCUCUGGGAGAGGGUGAAUUGGAAAUAUCUGUUCGGGAUUCCUGGGUUUCUGAGCAAGGACAUGAUUCAAGCAAAGGAGGUAAUGAUUGAUCUAUUUGUGAAAUAUUUCUCUUUGCCUCCUGCUAAACGACCUGGUGCAAGUGCUUGGAUAUUGGAGACAGAAGAUAUUUUGAUCGAAGGGGGAAUGAGCACGGAAGACCUUGGUCGAGCGAUGAUGUUGCAGACUUGGGCUGUUUUGGGAAACUUGUAUAAAACGGCCUUUUGGAUGGUUUCAUAUAUUGUGUAUGACAGAAAGCUCCUCGAAGCAAUCCGAGAGGAAAUUACGCCAGCCAUCAGUGGUGAUCGUGUUCAUCACCAUUGCCUCAAUAAAGAGUGUCCGCGUCUUGAUUCCUUAUUGGCAGAGGUUCUCCGCAUUUCUGUGAGUAUGCCACUCGUCCGACAUAUAACUGAUGAUACCGUUAUUGGGGGUUCAACAUUUCGCAAGGGUAAUAAUGUUAUGAUCUCUUACCACCAGCUUCACCUUAACAAGGAUGCCUGGGGAGCCAAUGCCGACGGUUUUCAAGCCGAUCGGUUCCUAAACAAGACAUCGUUAAAGUCGAGUCUUAGCUAUCGUCCCUUUGGGGGUGGAAGUGGCCUCUGUCCUGGCCGACAGUAUGCCCGAGAAACUACUUUCUCCUUUAUCGCGAUGCUGCUGAGCCGCUAUGAUCUUACCCUAGCGACUGAAGAGGCCGGGAGCUCUGGAGGAGGUAAAGCCCAUGAGGUGAAGAAGCCCCGGUUCCCACAACCUGAUUAUUCCAAGCCAGUUGUAGGCGUCACAGCCCCAGGCGAGCAGGAAGACAUCACGAUUCGCCUCACUCCUCGAGUGCUAGUGUGAUAAAACUCUCAUAAGCCCAAUCUUUCCACUUCGCCUAAACGUCCUUGGACUGGAAUCAAGGUUGGAAAGAGAUUCUCGACAAAUGGCGCCCGAGACUGGAUACGCAAUAAACACAUGUUCCCGCGGAAAUACUUAUUAGUUGACACUAGUUUGUUCUGCACGUUCGCAAAGCGAAAACCACGUAGACCUAAACCCCGAGUAAUCCGAC